AUGAAACGGCUGCACCAUCCGCACCUGAUCCAACUCUACGCCGUCUGUACGCAGUCGGCGCCCUUUUACCUCGUCACAGAGCUGAUGUCCAAGGGCUCCCUGCUCAGUUUCCUCCAGUCCUCCGAGGGCCGCAGCCUCUCCAUGAGUGCUCUCAUUAUGAUCGCGAAGGCGAAGAAGAACGAUUCUGAUGACGAACAUAACGACCUUGGAGGUGGUGGACUGCAAUCACUGGGACUAUAG